AUGUACGCUGGUGUUAUUCUAUUAGUCCCUUCUCAUGCCCCCGAUUGCAGCAUUGGGGGACAAGAAUUUUGGAUCACAUUUGAUACCGGCUCCUCAGACCUCUGGGUGGUUUCAUCAGAUUGUACAAAUCCAGAUUGCCAGGACAUCACGAGAUAUUCGUCCUCGUCAUCUAGCACCCUGACAUUAUCAAAUCAGUCUUUCGAACUGACAUACCUGGUGGGGUCAGUGCUGGGAACAGUAGGCACAGAGACCGUAACGCUCGGCCCGUAUGAAAUAUCCUCCCAAACAUUUGCCUUGGCUAACCAGACGAGCGGGCUUGCUCUUUCUUACACAGGAAACUCGGGUAUCUUAGGCCUAUCGUUUCCACUCGUCGCUUCCAUCCCCCUAACGUCUGGGACCCCCAUCCUGGAUAAUCUAUUCACCCAUUUCGACGACCAACACCGGUUUUUCGCGUUCAAAUUAGGACGAAACGAGUCACAGGAUAUUUCGUAUUCAGAUUCAUCGCUCACUAUUGGGGAAUUGGACUCCUCCUUGACAAAUGAUACGAGUCAGUUCGCAUUCACGCCGGUCUUCGCAUCGACACCAGGCGAGUAUGAUUUCUGGAAGCUUCCGAUUCAACAGAUUACGAUCAACGAUCAGGUCCUUUCUCUCUCGCGUUCGCUGGUCCGCGGUGCACCGUCACCGAUCGCAGUGCUUGAUACCGGGACGACUCUUAUUUUAGGUCCGACUGCGGACGUCAACGCGUUCUGGUAUGCUAUAGGAACGGGUGGGUCCACGAGGUACGACCAGCAGACAGAAACAUGGCAAGUGAGGUGCGAGAGGGCCGUGGACGUGCGCAUUAAACUUGGCAAUUCCGAUACUGCAAAAGAAUAUCCACUCCAUCCCGAGGAUGUCAACUGGGCUGAAGUUGAGACGCAAGACGGCUGGUGUACCGGUGGAAUACAGGCAAACAACGGAGUCGACUCCGGAGAUUGGCUUCUCGGGGCUGUGUUCUUGAGGAACGUCUACGUCAUACACCAGGGCAAAACGGCUUCCAAUCCACCGAUGAUCGGGUUGUUGAAUACGACGGACCCGUCCGCUGCUCUCGCAGAGUUCACAUCAUCCAGAGGACAAGACCCAGCUCCCCCGCCUUCCCUGCUACGCGCUGGUUCUUCAGCUACAGAAUUGAGGGACACUCUCGCGACUUGUCUCGUAUGCGGGAUAUGCGGAUUUUUGGUCGGAGCCAUUGGAAUUAUGAUCUACCGUCACCGACAGCGAAGGAGAUCGCAAGGACAAGUCCAUAUAUGA